ACUGACGCUCUCAACGAGAACGUCGUGGAGAUCAUGGAGAACGGUCUCUCCAACAUCUUCGUGUUGAAGGAGCACGCGCCAACGGCGAUCCAGUUGUGGAUCAAACUCGUGCACAACCAAUACCAUCACGGCAGCGCCGUCACGCUGAUUCAAGUGUACGAGCAAUCGCCCUUGGCCGAGAAGUCUUGGAAACAACGCGCGAAAGCGAACUCAAUCACCGUGGACAGUUGCCCGAAGCAGGGCCCUCACCGCUACGAUAAACUCUACGAGAACCACGUCAUCAGCAAUUUCUCUGAUUAUUUCAAGUUCUACGAUCACUUCAAGAAGCUUGUUGCUUCUUAUCAUAAGAUGGUAAGUUUGUCCGCCUGGUCGGGCUACAAGGAGAUGUGUGAGAGCUCGUGUGAAUUCCUGAGAAAGGACCUCAGCAACGAGGCGGUGGCAUCGCUGAACAAUGAUAUCUUGGUCGCCGCCAAUAAGAUCAAGGACGUGAUCGACGGGGGGCUGCUCAACAUCAUCGCGCUGGAGGCCUUGAAGUUCGCUAUUCCUCUCGAGGACGAGGGCUUUCCAUGGCCCCCCAAGUGGAUCCUGAGGGGCGCAGAGAAGGACAGCAGCAAGAAGAGGCUCGCAGCGAUGGUCCUGCAAGAGAAGGCCGCCAAAAAGCAAAAGGGUAAAGGUGGCAUAUGCAUCCCUGCGGAAGACACCCAAACGACGGUCGAGGAGUCUGGCAAACUCCGCGAGAAGGUGUGGCUCGACGAUCUUGUGCAGGCCAUCGUGACCCCUGUAUCCGAGAUCAUGAAGGAUGCGAAGAUGCCCGAGAUCAGGGCUAACAUAGCCAUCGGUUUGGAGUUCUGCUUCGCGUCCGAGGUGACGGUGGACGGCGUGACCUACAGCAAGUGGAGCGAGCUGAGGAGGAAAAUCGUCAAGAGGAUGGUCACGGCGCACGACGUCGAGCUCCGACGUGCAGGGUUGGAUGCAGCCGUGCGUGGCGAGGGGGCCGAGUCUCAACCGCACGAUGACGAGGGCGACGACUCCCAAGUCUCAGCGACCGCCCCGUCGCCGCGGAAGUCCGAGGUGGUGAGGGACAUGUCCGAGUACGUGAAUGACGAGAAGCUCGUGCUCAAGGUGUCGCGCUUCAUCUACACCAACAAGACGACCUGCGGCAUGGCCAUGCAACCGUACUACCUUUUUGUGUCGCAGAAUAUGGUGCAGAGCUUGAGCGGCCUGGUCGAGAAGGAUGAGCUGACACUCAAUGCUGCUUUGGAGUCGUUCUUGCGCGUGACGUGCAAGGUGUUCGAUGACAGGACGGUCUGCUUCAUCAAGAGGGCCUCGAAGCACAUCGAUUCCGACGACUGCGGCAACCUGUUCAGCGUCGCCGACGUCACGGGGGGCGCGUGCAACACCAAGGACGAGUUCAUGAUGCUUAGGUCUCUGCGCGUUCGGUACUGCAUUGGAAUACUGUCUUCAAUGGGCCGAGGAGCUCUGACCGACAUGGCGACGGAUUCGAUGAAGAAGCUCGAAGCGGAGUUCAAUGAUACUGUCGAGAUUGAUAUUUCAACACCAUCUACAUCCUGGGUGGAGUUGUGGUCCGAACUGAUACAGGCGGCCGCGUCGGGGGACCUGCGCACCCACAUCGAGUUACAGCAGCGCGUUGGUGCGCCAGCUCCUCCGCCUGCUCCAACUGCAGCGCCUGACGGUGAAGCUGAAGCCGCUGAUGGCGAAGCUACGUCGGUACCUGAUUCACUUGAAGAUUUGUGGGCGCAGACGGCAACGACUUCGGCGGUGAUCAAGACGUUCAUUUUCGAGCUGCAGGCCUUCAUCUUUCGGAAGUGCAACGUGCCCGUGUUCGCCCCGCCGACGGUCGGCCAAGACGACGGCCCCAAGUCCAAGAUGGAGGCGAACGUGCUCGAGGCUGGCUGGUGCGAUAUUCUCUGGAACCCGACUCCCGAGAAGAAAGACCAUUUCUACGUCGCCAAGAAAGUCUCGGCGGGAAUUCGGCUCAAUUUUUUCGGCAAUGUGACGAGGAUCCAGGUGCCAGGUUCUGUGAAAGUGGCACGUGCGUUCGACAUGGAAUUCUUCGUGUGCAGCGACGGCGUCGCCUGCGACCCGACCAUGGGAGACGUUCUAUGCCCUGCUUGGGCUAUUCCAUACCCGCAGAAGGCCAAGGCCAAGGCAGAUGCGCCUCGGAAGCCCGACGAACUCCAGGAUCCAGUGCUUCUCCAUGGGGUGAUCACUCUGCCGUUUGACUUCGAGUACACUGUAAUGAACCAUCUACACAAGGUGACUGUUGAUGUGAGUUUCCACUACUUAA